AUGAAGAACAUCGAAGCACGGGAAGGGUCAGAGGCAGCACCGCAGGUGAACGCCGACAAGUACUUCUACACAUUCAAGCAAGCAUGCGAAACACAAACCCCGUCCAUAGUGGGGACGUCACUCGACUGUCUACAGAAACUCAUAGCCCACGGGGCGCUGAAGGGCGAAGGCACAGUCACCGACGGUGACGGGAACGAAACCAGCCUCAUGGAUGAUAUAGUAAACACCAUCUGUGAGUGUUAUCUGGGUCCUACCACCGACGCCGAUGUCAUGCUGCAGAUAUUGAAG